UAUACAUCCAUAUAUCCAUCCAUAUAUACAUCCAUAUAUACAUCCAUAUAUACAUAUAUACAUCCAUAUAUACAUCCAUACAUACAUCCAUCCAUACAUCCAUCCAUAUAUACAUCCAUAUAUACAUCCAUAUAUACAUCCAUCCAUACAUCCAUAUAUACAUCCAUAUAUCCAUCCAUAUAUCCAUCCAUAUAUACAUCCAUAUAUACACCCAUACAUCCAUAUAUACAUCCAUACAUACAUCCAUCCAUAUAUACAUCCAUAUAUCCAUCCAUAUAUACAUCCAUAUAUACAUCCAUAUAUCCAUCCAUAUAUCCAUCCAUAUAUCCAUCCAUAUAUACAUCCAUAUAUACAUCCAUAUAUCCAUCCAUAUAUACAUCCAUAUAUACAUCCAUAUAUACAUCCAUAUAUACACCCAUACAUCCAUAUAUACAUCCAUACAUACAUCCAUCC